GUGGGGAUUUCUGCCGUGCAGUAAGGGAUUUCUUUGAGUCUGGCGCCAUGCUUAAGCAAAUCAAUCACUCUAUCAUUGCUUUAAUUCCUAAAUCUACCAACUCUUCUUUUGCCUCUGAUUUUCGUCCGAUUUCCUGCUGUAAUGUUAUAUAUAAGGUCAUUGCUAAGCUCCUUGCAGCGAGAUUAUCUCAUGCUCUCUCAAAUAUUAUUAGUCCUAUGCAAAAUGCUUUUUUGGGUGGUCGACUUAUGGCUGACAAUAUUCAUUUGCUCCAAGAGCUUCUCCGAGAUUAUGAAAGGAAAAGAUCUUCUCCCCGUUGCUUGUUGAAGAUUGAUUUUAGAAAAGCCUUUGAUUCAGUCCAAUGGCCUUUCCUUCGACAGCUCUUGUUAAUGCUUGGUUUUCCCAACCACUUCGUUCACUUAAUUAUGCAGUGUGUUGAGACUGCUUCAUAUUCUAUAGCCGUUAAUGGUAGCAUCUUUGGCUUCUUUCCAGGGAAGAAUGGGGUUCGGCAAGGUGAUCCUUUAUCCCCAUAUCUCUUUCUUGCAUGCAUGGAAUAUCUCUCCAGAAUGCUUCGUAUGGCUUCUCUAUCUCCUGGCUUUCGGUUCCACCCCAAAUGCAAUUCUCUAGGCAUUUCCCAUCUUGCUUUUGCAGAUGAUGUGAUUCUACUUUCAAGAGGAGAUAGGCAAUCUGUUUCUACUCUUUUUUCGCAACUAGUUUCUUUUGGAAAGGUUUCCGGUCUAGAGAUUAAUGCCAACAAAUCCUUUAUAUUUUUUGGAGGAGUCACAGACAGCAUUAAGCAGCUCAUUCUCCAGGACACUGGCUUCGUUGAGGGAUCCUUCCCAUUUCGCUAUCUUGGCGUUCCCUUAAGCCCCCACCGUCUCCUAGCCAGUCAGUUCUCUCCCCUUCUCAACAAGAUUCACUCUACUAUUUAUGGUUGGCUGGGGAAGCAUCUUAGCUAUGCUGGGAGAGUGGAGCUUCUCAAAUCAGUCCUUUUUGGCAUGGUUCACUUUUGGUUGAAUAUAUUCCCUGUCCCCGACACUGUUAUCAAGCAAAUCACGUGUCUCUGCCGAAAUUUCUUGUGGACUGGCAAUGUCUCUAGGAGUAAAUCUGCUUUGGUAGCUUGGCGUACAGUUUGUCUUCCUAAAGCUGAAGGUGGCCUAGGCUUGUUUGACAUAAAGGCUCGCAAUAACAGUUAUCUUGCCAAACACAUAUGGAACAUUCAUCUUAAAGCUGAUUCCAUUUGGAUUCAAUGGGUCCAUCAUUACUAUUUACAUUCUCACUCCAUUUGGAACACCGCAGCUUCCCCAACCUCCUCGCCUUUAUGGAAAUCCAUCAUCAUCCUACGUGAUAAUCUUGUUGAAAUGGGAGGUGGUCAAUCCAAUACUGUCUCUCUGAUGGCUCACUGGAGCACCUCUACAGGUCCUUUCACUGCUCAUGCUUAUGAUUUUCUUCGGGUUCGUAGCUCUCUUGUCCGGUGGAGAAACGUUGUCUGGGAGUCUUGGUCCAUGCCCAGAUACAAUUUUAUCCUGUGGUUGGCUGUUUUGGGAAGGCUUCGCACGCGAGAUAGACUCCACUUUCUCCAAACUGAUUCCUCUUGUGUCUUCUGCCAAGUGGAAGAAGAGAGUCAUAGCCAUUUGUUCUUUGGUUGCACUUGGACCUCUUCUCUUUGGCUUAAGAUCAAAAAUUGGCUUCGUAUAUCAAGGACCAUGUCUUCUCUGCUCAGUGCCAUUCGGGGUCUCUCAAGAAUCGGUAACAAUGCAGUUGGAAGAAUGAGGAGAGCCUCCCUUGGUAUUCUGGUUUAUAUAAUCUGGGAUGAGAGGAAUAAAAGGAUAUUUGAGGGGAAGUGCACCACCAUUGAUUCUCUCUUUCGUAAAUUUCAGCUGGUUAGCUCGGCUGGUAGUGGCGGGUUCUUCAAUUCAGCUUCGGAGGUGGAGGUGGUUGCUGUUACUCCUGGCUUUCUUCACGUCGUUCUUGCAUGGUGGGCAACUCUCCUUUUGCUGCAGCCUCUUCAAUGCUUCUCCCUGCCCCAAGUUGCUGCGUGCUCUCUUCAUUGGUCUAGCUGCUUGUGCAUUCACGUGGACUUUGAUGGUUCCCAAGGCGCCUUUAUUUGGUUUAGUGGCUUAAUUGCAUGGCUUCAAUGGCUUGCAUGGCUUGCAUGGCUUCCUCUCCUGCAUUCAGCUUUCUAUUUCUUUUCCUGUGUUGCUGCUGCGGCUGAUUCUCCUUCAUUGGCUUCAUGCUUGCUUUCUUUGGUUUGGUCAAUAAGGGAGCCUGUUCCCUUUCUGAUCAUCUUUGCUUCUGAACCUGCUG